UUCAUGAGCAGCAGUGAAGGCUGACUGGAGCCCAUCAUCCUCCACAAUGGCACAGCUCCGAGCCGGGUCACAGACGGUGCCCACAUCAGCCAUACCCAGCGUGUCGCAAGUGGAGACUCCACACAGGUCCUGUGGAGAGGGAUCAUAGAAGGUGAAGCCGAGUCACAGGACCCGGAUGUUGUCAGUUCGCCGGUAAACGACCCUGCCCGCUUCCAAGAGGGCGGCUUCACUGUGCGAAUAGGUGAGAAGCCAAGAAGGAGGCGCGCUGGAGUUACUUCCGCCCGGUUCUCCUUCCCGCAGUCUGCAGCCGGAGUAAGAUGGCGGCGCUGAGGGUCUUGUGCGGCCUCCGGGGCGUCGCGGCCCAGGUGCUGCGGCCUGGGGCUGGAGUCCGAUUGCCGAUUCAGCCCAGCAGAGGUGUUCGGCAGUGGCAGCCAGAUGUGGAAUGGGCACAGCAGUUUGGGGGAGCUGUUAUGUACCCAAGCAAAGAAACAGCCCACUGGAAGCCUCCACCUUGGAAUGAUGUGGACCCUCCAAAGGACACAAUUGUGAAGAACAUGACCCUGAACUUUGGGCCCCAACACCCAGCAGCGCAUGGUGUCCUGCGACUAGUGAUGGAAUUGAGUGGGGAGAUGGUGCGGAAGUGUGAUCCUCACAUCGGGCUCCUGCACCGAGGCACUGAGAAGCUCAUUGAAUACAAGACCUAUCUUCAGGCCCUUCCAUACUUUGACCGGCUAGACUAUGUGUCCAUGAUGUGUAACGAACAGGCCUAUUCUCUAGCUGUGGAGAAGUUGCUAAACAUCCGGCCUCCUCCUCGGGCACAGUGGAUCCGAGUGCUGUUUGGAGAAAUCACACGGCUGUUGAACCACAUCAUGGCUGUGACCACACAUGCCCUGGACCUUGGGGCCAUGACCCCUUUCUUCUGGCUGUUUGAAGAAAGGGAGAAGAUGUUUGAGUUCUACGAGCGAGUGUCUGGAGCCCGAAUGCAUGCUGCUUAUAUCCGGCCAGGAGGAGUGCACCAGGACCUACCCCUUGGGCUUAUGGAUGACAUUUAUCAGUUUUCUAAGAACUUCUCUCUUCGGCUUGAUGAGUUGGAGGAGUUGCUGACCAACAAUAGGAUCUGGCGAAAUCGGACAAUUGACAUUGGGGUUGUAACAGCAGAAGAAGCACUUAACUAUGGUUUUAGUGGAGUGAUGCUUCGGGGCUCAGGCAUCCAGUGGGACCUGCGGAAGACCCAGCCCUAUGAUGUUUACGACCAGGUUGAGUUUGAUGUUCCUGUUGGUUCUCGAGGGGACUGCUAUGAUAGGUACCUGUGCCGGGUGGAGGAGAUGCGCCAGUCCCUGAGAAUUAUCGCACAGUGUCUAAACAAGAUGCCUCCUGGGGAGAUCAAGGUUGAUGAUGCCAAAGUGUCUCCACCUAAGCGAGCAGAGAUGAAGACUUCCAUGGAGUCACUGAUUCAUCACUUUAAGUUGUAUACUGAGGGCUACCAAGUUCCUCCAGGAGCCACAUAUACUGCCAUUGAGGCUCCCAAGGGAGAGUUUGGGGUGUACCUGGUGUCUGAUGGCAGCAGCCGCCCUUAUCGAUGCAAGAUCAAGGCUCCUGGUUUUGCCCAUCUGGCUGGUUUGGACAAGAUGUCUAAGGGACACAUGUUGGCAGAUGUCGUUGCCAUCAUAGGUACCCAAGAUAUUGUAUUUGGAGAAGUAGAUCGGUGAGCAGGGGAGCAGCGUUUGAUCCCCCCUGCCUAUCAGCUUCUUCUGUGGAGCCUGUCCCUCACUGGAAAUUGGCCUCCGUGUGUGUGUGUGUGUGUGUGUGUGUGUGUGUGUGUGUGUGUGUGUUUGUGUACAUGUUCAUGUACACUUGGCUGUCAGGCUUUCUGUGCAUGUACUAAAAAAGGAGAAAUUAUAAUAAAUUAGCCAUCUUGCGGCCCCUAGGCCUAAA